AUGUCACUAACGUAAUCAUUAAAGUAUUUUCUUAAUUUAUUUUUAUAAUUAGGUCGUCGUUUCAAAAUUUUUAAAUGAAGAAUCAUCAUGUCGUAUCGUUCUAGUAGUAUUAAAUUUGAAUGUUCGUGAUUAAAGUUAAAACUAUGAUAUCGUGAUUACAUUGACAUCCUGAUAAACCGUAUUAAAAUGUCUCAUUUAAUUUAAUUUAUAAUAAUUAUUAUUUAAAAUGAAUUUGAUCCGUAAGAUCGUUGUACAAUCACAAGUUAACCGUUAUUAAAAAUACUUCUUGUGAAAUAUGUCUGCUGCAAUUCAUGUAUCACGUGUACGUACGCUUUAUAAACUAAUUUUCCGUGUGCAUCGAGCAUUGCCUCCUGAACUACGGAUACUAGGCGAUAAUUAUGCAAGAGAAGAGUUUAAGAGACAUAAAAAUUGUAACCCUCAAGAAGCUAAUAUAUUUCUGAAUGAAUGGACUGACUAUGCAAUCAAUUUAGCGAAGCAAAUGAAACCCCUACAUCAAGCCAAAAGGAAAACUGUGGGAAAAUAUCUAAACCCUAAACUAUUAGAUCAUAUGACUGAUGAGCAGUUGGUACAGUUGUAUGAGUUACAUAAAGCAACUUCUCUGCAAUCCGAUGAUUCAGACCAAAUAAAUGUAUCCAACAAAGAUAGUACUGACAGAUAGUGAAGUAUGAUUUAUUUUAUUAUUAUUAUCUAAUAUGUGCAAGCAAUUUGUAAUUUAAUUUUAAUUAAUAAAAUGUAGAUAAUUCUUAUUUAUAAAUUGUAUACAAUUUGACAUUAAGAAAAUAGUGAUUUUAAAGUUUCGACAUUAUCUUAAACAAAAGUUCUUGCAUUAAAACACUAGUUUUAAUUUGAUUAUAUGUUUCAAUGUUUAGCCAAAAAGUUUUGGUUAGUACCAAUGAAUAGAUUUGGUAAUUACGGUCUAUGCAUUUCAAUAUUUGAAUAAAUUAAAAACUUGUUUAUUAUGCAACGGUAAGAACCUCAGUUGUUGUAUUUUAUUUUAAUAAUGAAUAAUAUUAUGUGAUUGUUUGCUUUGCAAUACAAAAAAAAAGGUUAUAGCAAAAAUAAUCAUGAUGACGAAUUCAACAUUUGAACUAAACUUAUUAUUGUAAAAAGCUCUGCAAAUAAUUUGUAAGUCAUAAUUUUAAUGGAUAAUUUUAAUACUGCACAUAAUAUUGCAGUCUGUUUAAAUAUAUAUACUAUUGUGAAGGCAUAGUUAAAUUUAUUGCACGCAUAAAUUUAUAAAAAAUAUAAGCAAUAUUAUAUUUCAUUAUACAUUUCUUGCAUGGGGCAUAUUUAUCGAAUUAUAAUGUUAAUUUACCAUUUGAAAGCAACAGUUCAAUUGAUAUAAAAAUAAUAUAUUUUUUACAAUGUUU